UGACCAAAUCUUACGGAGAUGGUCGUCAGUUCAUGGAGUCAGUGAAGGUUUGAAACACGGAUCAUCUUAACCCGCUCUCCCCUAUUGACCCACAGAUCUCAGGAGGACUUCCUCUGACCCCCCUCAGAGACAAGAUGCCAGCGAAGACCCCCAUCUACCUAAAAACUACGACCCCCAAGAAGGGGAAGCGGCUGAAGCUGCGGGACAUCCUGUCGGGGGACAUGAUCAGCCCCCCGCUGGGCGACGUGCGUCACAGCGCCCACGUGGGUCCUGAGGGCGAGGGCGACAUGUUCGGAGACGUGGGUUUCCUGCAGGGGAAGAUGAACAUGCUGCCGAACCGACCGCAGAACGGACACGUCCGCUCGCACAGCGUGGAGAGACGCCAUGACGGUUUAACCUCCAAGGAGGACGCCCACAGCUACGCCUACAACGGAUACCACUACCAGCACCCCGCCACCGGCCUGCUGAAGACCACCAUCUCCAUGCCCGUGUUCAUCGCUCAUGAGCAGGCUCCGCCCAAACCACCACGCCUCCACCUGGACGACCCCGCCCCCCCAUCUCUGCCCUCCAAUCAAACCCACUUUGAGCCCCAGAGAGAGGCGGGUCACAGACGGACCAACGACCACGCAGACCACCGCCCCCUGGCGCUCUUUCAGAACGGUGUUGUGGGUCGUUUGGCGUCCGAGGCGUGCAGAGACAUCGCCGUGUCCCCCGACCUCCGCAGACUCGUCCCGUCCUCGGGGUCGUUCUCGGAGGCGUCCUCUGAAGACUCCAUGUCAGAAACCUGCGGGCCCCUGGACGCUCGCCGGGGCCUCAGCCUGGACUCUGACGCCGGUCUGAGCAACGAGGAUCUGAGGAGCGAACGCAGCGAGUCGCCCGGCGCCGCCGUUCCUCACAGUCUCACGGUUCCUUCAGGCGUGGCCCGGUCCGACUCUCUGGCAGGGUUGGACCUGGAUCUGGGCCCGUCCAUCCUGGAGGACGUCCUGAGUAUCAUGGACCGCUAUAAGAGCGACGACGACCGCUGUGAGCUGUGAGCGGAGGUCAAAGGUCACUGAGAGACCGAGACGCUUUCAGACACGUGAGAGGCAGCAGGCUGGUCCUGGAGCCGCCUGGACCAGAACCAGAACCUCAGAGAUCCAGACUGUGAGGAGAAAAAAAAAACAAGACUUUGAUCCAGCAGGAGCUCCACCUCCUCCUUAUCUCCUUAUCUCCUUAUUUCCUUCAUCUCCUUCUCUCCUCCUCUCCUUCUCUCCCUCCUUCUCUCCUUCUCUCCUUCAUCUCCUUCUCUCCUUCUCUCCUUCUCUCCUUCUCUCCUUCUCUCCUUCAUCUCCUUCUCUCCUUCUCUCCUCCUUCUCUCCUCCUCCUUCUCUCCUUCUCCCCUUCUCUCCUUCUCUCCUCCUCUCCUUCUCUCCCUCCUUCUCUCCUCCUCCUUCUCUCCUUCUCCCCUUCUCUCCUUCUCUCCUUCAUCUCCUUCUCUCCUUCUCUCCUCCUUCUCUCCUCCUCCUUCUCUCCUUCUCUCCUUCAUUUCCUUCUCUCCUUCUCUCCUUAUCUCCUUCAUCUCCUUCUCUCCAUUGUCUCCUUCUCUCCUUCAUCUCCUUCUCUCCUUCUCUCCUCCUCCAUCUCUCCUUCUCUCCCCCUCCUUCUCUCCUUCUCUCCUUCAUCUCCUUCUCUCCUUCUCUCCUCCUCCUUCUCUCCUUCUCCCCUUCUCUCCUUCUCUCCUUCUCCCCUUCUCUCCUCCUCUCCUUCUCUCCCUCCUUCUGUCUCUCCAUCGUUCAGGUCCCUUCCUGUUCUGGUCGGUUCUGAAGACCCGGUAAACAGACCUCAGGAGCAGCUGGACUCUCUUCCCUCUGCAGAUCCGGGUCGUCUCAGAACUUUUGUUGUUUGUGAAUUUUUCAGAUUUUCGUUUCUGGACCAAAUUCUUCAGAAGAAUUCAGACUUUCUUCUCAGAGUUGUUCUGUUUCAAACUCAGCGUCUCUAAUGUGAAGAUCUGCAGGUGGACAGUUGACGUUAGCUCGCUCUCUCAUGCCCCCUACUGUUUAAUCUGAGAACAGCAGCUCUGCCGUGUGUCUGUUCAAACCUGCUGCAGAUCCUGGUCCUCCUGAAAACUGGUUGGUGUUUAAUCUGAUGUUCACAGACAGAAUCUAUUAUUCAAAGUCAUUUAUGCUGCAUAUUAAACUUCAUCACUACAAAUAUAUGAAUAAAACAGAGACUGGAGCUGCUGGACGUGUUUUUAUUUCACUGUUUUUAGAGUUCUGAUGGGAUUAAAGAAACAAA